GCCCGCGCCGACCGGCCUGAAUCCUUGGGCUUCCGCGGGAUCCUGGUGGUGGUUUAGCCGCUUUACGUUCCAGUUUUGUGCCGUUGGCGGUCUUGUCUGCAGACUCCCUGGGCCUUGCCUCCGACUUCAGCAUGUACCACAACAGUAGCCAGAAGCGGCACUGGACUUUUGCUAGUGAGGAGCAGCUGGCGCGAUUGCGGGCCGACGCCAACCGCAAAUUCAAAUGCAAAGCUGUGGCGAACGGGAAGGUUCUUCCAAAUGACCCAGUCUUUCUUGAGCCUCCUGAAGAAAUGACGCUCUGCAAGUAUUAUGAGAAAAGAUUAUUGGAAUUCUGUUCGGUGUUUAAGCCAGCAAUGCCAAGGUCUGUUGUGGGUACAGCUUGUAUGUAUUUCAAGCGCUUUUAUCUUAAUAACUCAGUAAUGGAAUAUCACCCGCGGAUAAUAAUGCUCACUUGUGCAUUUUUGGCCUGUAAAGUGGAUGAAUUCAAUGUGUCUAGUCCACAGUUUGUUGGAAAUCUGCGGGAGAGUCCUCUUGGACAAGAGAAGGCACUCGAACAGAUUUUGGAAUAUGAACUACUACUUAUACAGCAACUUAAUUUCCACCUUAUUGUCCACAAUCCUUAUAGACCCUUUGAGGGCUUUCUCAUUGAUUUAAAGACUCGCUAUCCCAUGUUGGAGAAUCCAGAGAUUUUGAGGAAAACAGCUGAUGACUUUCUUAAUAGAGUUGCACUGACGGAUGCUCACCUGUUAUACACACCUUCCCAGAUUGCUCUGACUGCCAUUUUAUCUAGCGCAUCCAGAGCAGGAAUUACUAUGGAAAGUUAUUUAUCAGAAAGUCUGAUGCUAAAAGAGAACAGAACUUGCUUGUCACAGUUACUAGAUAUAAUGAAAAGUAUGAGGAACUUGGUAAAAAAAUAUGAACCACCCAGACCUGAAGAAGUUGCUGUUCUGAAACAGAAGUUGGAGAGAUGUCACUCUGCUGAGCUUGCACUUAACGUAAUUACGAAAAAGAGGAAAGGUUAUGAAGAUGAUGAUUAUGUCUCAAAGAAAUCCAAACAUGAGGAGGUAUGUUCUCCAAAGGAAGAAUGGACUGACGAUGACCUGGUAGAUUCCCUCUAACCAUCCGAAAUUGAUUCGUCAAUGCUAACUACUCAACAGAAGGAUGAAGCAUAUCUGGCAUUUAACUUUAAAAAUGAAGUAAUGUGAAAGCAUCAAAAUAUAUUAAACUUUUCUAUUUAUGUUAUUUAAAAGUUUUUCAGGGUAGCUUUAUGUGAAAUAAAACAUCUUCAAAGGAGCCAGAAUAGCACCUGGUUUGGGUAUUCUUGCCCCACCAUGACUAAUAUCAAAUCAGUCUUUAAAUCAGUCUUUCUGUGGUAGCCAAAUUAAAGCUGUAAUUUAUUUGCCUAUAUUGUUUAUACAAGAUGUCAUUAAGCAAACUUAUCUUUUUCUGAAAAGGCACCACAAAAAACAAAACUUAGUUACUAGUCAGUUUUAAAAGUGCUAAGGAAUGUUGGCUACUAUAGCAUUUAUUCAGUUAUUUAACUGUGAUCUUACUCAGUUCCUAGAGUUGGAACCAAAUUAUGAAGGUCUGUCAGAUUGUUUCUGGAAAAUGGGGUUGAAGGAAUUCUGGGAAACUCAACUGCCCUAAAUCUGAGUUUUACAGAUGCAAACCUCUCCUCAGUGCAUCCCAGGAUGUACUUUUCCAUAAAGUGUAGGUACCAUUUAAUUACAUUUCAGUAUUUGAAGGUAGUAUUUAUGUAUAUCCUUUAAUAAUGCUUUAUAUUUUAGGUUUGCGUUGUUUUAAUUUCCUUCUCACUGAGGAAUAAAAUUCACGAAGUGUGAUUUUAUAAAAGUGGAGGGGAAGAAGCCGAAAUUGACAGUCCUUCACUGCAGUCCCGGUGAAGCAGUGGUCCGAAUUUAUCUUGUUUCUUUUUUAGGUCACUAAAGUUUGGCGUCAGAGCAGAGCAAUCUCUGAAAAUUUUCCUACCCAGCCCCUUUAAAAAAAAUGUUUAGAGGUUUCAUUUCAUCAUUGACCAGCUAAAAGUUACUCCAAGGCCUACAAAGGUAAAUGACAAGUUUCCUAUUCCAGCUUAAGAGAUAAUAAGCAUGUCAUUAAAAUUUUAAAAAGCAGAGUGUCUUUCUUUAGGUUUGUGGGUUUUUUUUAGAAAUAAAAGGCAGGAGAAGCAGUUCAGGUUGAGAAAUGGCAGGUCAGCAUGGUUAAAACUGAGAUGUGAGUAGUGGGAGAGAACAAAUUGCUGAGCACUAGAAUCUAGACCUUUUUGCAUAUUGCUGAAAUGUUUUCGGAGAUGUCCAUAUCCCUUUUAGUCUAUCCUGGAAGGAGACCAAAUGGCAUACUAUUGUCUAACUAACUAACUAACUGAAAAGCAGAGGGGAAAAUAUGGAAUUGGGUUGACAUCAAGAAAAAGCACCUGGUGUGUUUGUUUGUGUUUUGCUAUCACUGUUCAACUGUGAUCGCAGCUACUUCAGGGCUAGCUACCUCUAUAUAAAUAACAGCAUUUAAUACUUGCAGCUUACUGAGGGUUCACAAAAUUUCUGCAUAGUAUAGUUUUAACACUUUGUUUCUUCCUGUAUUUUAAGCAUUAAAGUGUUGCUCUUAGAACCUAGGCCUUUAGAAAAUUUUUUUUUUAGUGGGGAAAUGCUUUACCCAGUACAUCCCUGUCUGGCUCGCCUUGUAUGCCGUCCCUACCCUGCACAGUUAUGGGAGGGAAAGAAUCGUUAACAAAUACAUAAUGGAAUCCUUCAAAAGAGACCAUCAGCCAGAAAAACAUCUCAAGUUUCAUCUCCCUGGGCCUUGCUCUGGUACUAAAUUUGAACUGCCCCUAAAAGGAGGAAGAAAAUAAUGAAAUUAAAUGUUUAGCUAUAUUUAGACAGAAGUAAUCAGAUAUUUAUGAUAUCCCUUGGUUUUAUUUUAACUUAACCCUUGUGAAUACGUCACAAAAAUACACAUACAGAAGCAAAUAAAACUAUACAGUCAAACUAAAUAUCCAGCAGAUACAACAAGUAGUCAGAAGGGCAAAGAUGGAUAGCUGUUCAGUGGCUGAUGAAAUUGUUCGCAUAAUUUAAAAAAUCAACUUGGAAUUAAUGAAUACUUUCAAUGAAAGCAUUCUAGGGUUUUUAAACAUAUAUAAAAGAAAUCGGUAAUCUAUAAAACAGUUGAAUGGGUAACAUGCGUUGAUCAGUACACAGUGACCAAUAAUAUUUAUUGAAUUCAAACUAUUUACUGUUGUAAACAUUUAACAAAAAAGCAUUAUGAGAUCUAAAUACAGUCUUUGACAAUUCGAACAAAAUAAGUGGUAUGUUUAAAAAAUAAAGCUGAUGAGCAAUAGAUCCAUUCUAUAUAUUUUCUUUCAACAGUUCCAGCAAAGAGAAAUAGCAGUUAUUUUAAAAAAGUAUACAGCAAAGAUUGUUCCUAUUGUAAUGGUAAACUCUGGAAACUGUAAAUACAAAUAAAGUCAUUGAACAGUCAAACGGUCAUAUUCCUAAUUCAGGAAGAAGUAACAGUAAGAGCAGUCUGCAAUCCAGUUAUACUCAAUUGUCAACAGAGAAUGCGUUCUUUCAUAGUUCUGUUUCCAAGAGACAGCAAAACUUUGGCAAUUGAAUGUAUUGAAAAUAUAUUUUCCAAGUUCAAGAUACAGUCAUAGCAUUGUGUGAAAGGUGAUCUGUACACCAAGGCUCAGAGGUUGGUAAAGAUUCCAUAUGUGGAAAAAGUGCAAAUAUCCUGCACAGAUAGCUUACAAAGCUGCUGGCGCAGUUACUCACCAGCAGAAUCUCGAGUUUUGUUUGCAUAGUUCACACAUCACUGGAAUGUGGGAAGGUGUGCUAUUUUUUGGCAAGAGCAAAGGAGACAUUAUACUGAUGUGAAUUACCAUGUUGGGCAUGCUGAAUCCAUGCAGAACACUGCGGCGAAGGCUGCUACCUGACAUCAUUAGUUUUUGUAUACUGGUUUUGUUUUUGCUGAAGCAGCUCUGUUAUAGCCAGAAGCUUUUUCAGUACGUGCUAGACAAGGAAAAACAGUAUGAAAAUAAUUAGUAAAUAAAUGAAAGCUUGAUCAAAUCUCAGGGAUGGGAACCUGGAUUUGAAAAAAGCCAUAUAAAUGCAAAGGAAUAAAUAAAAUAUUAUUACCAUUCUACUCAAAAACAUAAAAUUGUAAGUAUGUAUCAUUCAGCCCUUGACUAGGUCAUAUUAUUUUGGUCGAAAUAGAAGAGAAUUUUUGUACACUAAACAGAAACUCGUUUGCGUUUGGCAUUUCAUACCUACUUAGGCCAGAACACUCUCUAGAAUAGAACACCUUACAGAAGA